AUGGACAGUCCAGAAAUAGUAAUGCGCAACGACGGCGUACUGACUAGACUGAUACCAGAAAGCGCCGAGGGCGAUCUCUCUAGGAGCAUUCGGUUGAGAAGUGCUCACCAGCUCUGCCCCGCAUACAAAUCCUGCUUGAGCCAUUUCUGCAAGUCUCAGGUUGAUCCAAAGCGAAUGAAGAACAACGUGCUGCAUUCCAAUUCUCUCUCAACUGUUUUCACGCCUACAGAAGGACAAUGCUUCAUUUGCAGUCAACUCAGGAAUAGAAUUACGGAGCUGAACCCAGGACUGGGGCCAGAUGUAUACUCAGACUACAGUAUUGUGUGCUGCUGGAGCACGCCCAGAGACGAAGACAAAGAGACGAAGAUGUGGAUGGUGUUGUUCAAGUCACCGGUCCCAAAUUCACCAAUACAUAUCUAUCAACAGAUCUUGCAGCUUGGGCUGUGGUCGAAGAAGGACUUUGGUCAAUACUUCGACAGCAACACGAACCACGGCGAGUGCACGGAUCCUGGUUUGAAUGAAAGUCGUACUGAUGGCACUAAUGAUAGUGAUUACACCAAGGAGCUGGCUAUAUCGUGGCUAGCACGGUGCAUUCAGAACUCUGAUGGACAACACGAUAUAUGCAACAAGGGCGACCAAGACUACAUUCCCACCCGUCUUCUGGAUGUCCAACACGCUCUAGAGAAUAAUGUAGUGCGUCUAUUCUGUCACGAUAAGGAAGAUAAGAAAUUUAAAGGCGUCGAGUAUGCGACUUUGAGUUACUGCCGGGGUCCUCAUGCAGCUGAACAAAACCCUUUGCUUUUGACGAACAAUCUCGAAACUUGGCAAACCGAGGGGUUUACCUGGGAUCGACUUCCGAAGACUUUCCAAGAUGCCUUCAAAAUCGCGUCUUGGUUAGGUUUGAAGUGGAUAUGGAUCGAUUCUAUGUGCGUCAUCCAGGACUCCAAAUCAGACUGGAAAAUUAAGACGAAAAUGAUGGAUCAAAUUUACUCAAAAGCUAGAGUCAACAUUUCAGCUCAUUCUGGAGAGGACAGUCAGUCAGGAUGCUUUGUGCAACGAAAAUUGACCGAUAUCACUCCGCUCCAAUUUGCUACCCAAGAUCUCGGGGAUGAGUGGAUAGUAACAACGGACGACACAUUCAAAUGGAUGAACUUUGCACCUUCACGCACGCGAGCCUGGGUUCACCGUGAGAAACAAUUAUCAAGACGAAUUCUGCAUUGUGCCCCAAAGGAAAUGGUCUGGGAGUGCUGUGCCCUCGGCAAAUCUGGCUUCGCUAGUGAGACGAUGUCACGAGGUUCUCCCAGUGACAAAGUCUUCAACGGAGAGACGAAAUCCCAAAUUCAGAUUGUAAAUGCCUCAAAUACUAAUUUGAGCAUGAGGGAACGGCGGGAAAGGCUACAUAUGCUGUGGAACUCUAUUUGUCAAGACUUUGCAAACAAAUCUGUUUCAUAUGUCUCGGACUUAUCGUAUAUACUCUGGGGCUUGGCUGAUGAGUUCCACAGUCUUUUCAACGGCGAGGAAUACGUCUGCGGGCACUGGCAUAGGCGAGCUGUCGUCGAGAUACAAUCCGUCUCCAGGGCUUACGAGUCACACCCUGAUAAUGGCUUCGGCAAACAUGCCCCCGGGUCGUCUGUUUCCGUGAAUGGCUUCUUGCGUAGGCUACGCUUUGACUAUAGCGGUCCUGAAGAAGAUGACAUCACUUUGAGUAUGGUUGAGGAGGAUGAAGAUGGUAAUGAUCGUAUCCGCCACAUCGGUCAACACAGGAAUCUCACAGGUGACCUAACAUUCCGCUUGACGAUGGACCACUGUCAGAAACUGCCCUCUUGUGGCCUAGAUUGCUACGCCCUAUUCACAACGUUACAGGAAACGGGAAACUGCGGGCGACAACUUUCCUGUGUCUUACUAGAGCACGACUCGGUGAUUCACAACGGGCCUUAUCAGUACCACACGUACAAGAGGAUUGGUACAAUGGAUAACAUCGGCGAUUUGUACAGCUUUAAACUUCGUUAUCGGGUUGCACCUUCGGUAAAGGUUCCGGAAACCGGCGUGUCACGAAUGGAUUCGGGGGAUAUUUGUACGGGAGACGACGUUUCAGAGGAUAUAUGGAACUUACUUUCACAAUACCUCAGAUAUGUCCGUUGGGACGUCAUAAGUCUGUUCAAAGAGAACGGAAUACCAGAUACAAGUGGAUACUCAUCGUUAGAGGAGGAUGAGGAGGAUGAUAGCGAAUGGGAAGAAUGUUCUUUGCCGUCUCGGCCUCAGAGUGUAACCAGACUCAACGACGACGACGACGAGACAGGAAUCGAAGAUGCAGUCGCUGAUGAGAUGCACCGCCAAAGGCUACGGGACAUUGUUCUGUGUAUCCAUGACCACCGAUUCUCGGGCCUAGCGAACGUGGCUGGUACCGAGAAUGGAGCCGAAGUAGCGGAUCGGCUGCAGCAAGUAUUGUCAUUCGAAUCGCAGACGGUGGCUUAUGGAACCAACAUACGGGAACACCCAGGGGAAGUCUUGUAUCAGUUUGAUGAUGUGCUAGACAUGUGGCAGAAGAGCCAUGGUGUAGUCCCUUGGUUAGAGAGAUUGGAGACUUCUGUAUUUACGAUAAUUUGA